AGAGGUCCCCACUUACAAAUACUGUGAGAGCCGCACACGUGAGAAUCUCGCUGCAUUCUGUCGUGCAAAACCUAUUAAAUUCAAUAAUAAUUGACAAACUACACACUGAACCAUGUAUCUUAUGUAUUACUUGAAUGAGAAAGGAGAGCGUGUAUACACACUUAAGAAAGUCGAUCCGAAUGGCAAACCCACGUUGUCAGCACAUCCAGCUCGAUUUUCACCAGAGGACAAGUACUCCAGGGAGAGGAUAACGUUGAAGAGACGAUUCGGUCUGCUCCUUACCCAACAGCCAAUGCCAAUUUAUUAACAAGUCUUCAUCAAAUAGAUCUCAAUCUUUUAUAAAUAAACAAUUCAUGUCGAAAAACUA